UUUACUUCCAUUUCACGCUCGAAAUUUUUUUUCCUGUCAAAGCUUUUUGAUGAUUGUAUCAUGAUGUCAACUUUGUUUCCUCUUAAAUGUUUGUUUUAUUAAAAGAAAAUGCGUUCAUAAUUAAUGUCAAAGCGUUUUUCAUGACAUUAAAAUAAAAAUGGAUUUCUCAUCAUACGUAAUAAGAAGGCAGUUGUUGACAUGUAUUAUAUAGUUUAUUUUGCAAGAAGCUAAUUUCAAUAUGAAGAAUCAUAUUACCUCAAAGUUUAUUACAGGAACGUACCACGGGUAUAAUGUUAAAUUCUCGCCAUUUCGCCAGAAUCAGUUGGCAUGUGCUAGUUCUGAAAAUUAUGGAAUAGCAGGUCUUGGCCGGUUAUAUGUAAUAGAUACAGACACUAAUGAAGGAUGUAAAAUUAUAACCAUGAGAGAAUGGUCGGACGGCCUGUUUGAUGUCACCUGGAGUGAAUGUGAUCCUCAUCUGCUUGUCACUAGUUGUGGAGAUGGAUCCAUUCAGUUGUGGGACUGCAUGACUACUUUUGAGCCUAAGCAGUUUUAUAAGAUUCACGAGAAAGAAGUGUAUUCUGUUGAUUGGAAUCCGAAAAAUGCUUACAGUUACAUUUUAUCUGCAUCGUGGGAUACUACAAUUAAAUUGUGGAAUCCUUAUGUUGCAAGAGAAGUAGCUGCAUUUCGAGAGCAUACUGAUCAAAUAUAUGAAGCAAAAUGGUGUCCCCAUUAUCCUGAAAUAUUUGCUUCUGUUUCUGGUGAUGCAUCAUUGAAGUUAUGGGAUAUCAGAUAUCCUAACAGGUGUACUGGUGUCUAUAUGCAUGAUAUGGAAGUACUGUCUUGUGAUUGGUGUAAAAGUGAUCCUAAAGUGCUUGCUUCUGCCACAACUGAUGGUAAAAUCUUUGGAUGGGAUAUGCGGAAGGCUCGUUAUCCUCUUUUUAUUCUCAGUGGACAUGAAUAUGCUGUUCGUCGACUUAAAUUUUCACCGUUUGAACCUGGAGUUUUAGCUUCUGUCAGCUACGACUUUACAACAAGGUUUUGGAACUGGAUGGAACCAAGUCCUUUGCAAGUGCACAAAGAACACAAAGAAUUUGUCUAUGGAUUAGACUACAAUCCUCUUAUACCCGGACAGGCUUGUGACUGUGCUUGGGACUCUGAGAUUCACAUCUAUAAUACUGUACAAUAAGAAAAAGUACAAUUUCUGUAUUUUUGUAUUUUUCAUGGCUAUGAAAAAAAUAAGUAAAGUAUUUUUUUGAAAUAUUUUUAUCACCACUAUAUGAAUUUUAAUAAUAGUUGAAAUUAUGUAAUACUUUAUCUUAAAGGAGUCCAGAAAAAGUUAAGAAAAUAUGUAAAAUACACCUGUUUAACAAAUAGAAUUUGUCAAUGCAUAUAUUUUUAUAAAAUCUCAAUACUCGUAAUUCUGUUGCCUUAUCAUGUUCUCAUACUCUUGUUUGUUCAUAAAACAUGUUCACAGAAAGGAUACUCUCACUUAUGCUCAAGUUUCUUCCACUCAUUCAUUUAUUUCAUUUCUGAUCCAGUUUUAUAAAAUAGAUUUUUCUAUAAUUUUGUUUUCAAAAUGAAUUUUGUGUUAUGUUGUAACUUUUUUUGUUUAAUAAAAUUGUAUAUAUU